GAAAACCUACUGGAAAUUACGACGCGAGCAUGACGCGAGUCGAAUGGUUACCGUCAAUUAAAUUAUUGUUAUGUUAAAUUUUACAAUGUUGUUUCGGAAAUCAAGUGCCUAGAUGUAUUAAAUAGUUUUUUUUACAAGUGUGUUAGUUUUGUGAUAAAUGCCUUCGAGAUGUCUAAAAAUAAGAUAGCAGCUCGGAUUGACAGUCAAACUGUCGAGGUGAAGACGAAGUUCGAUGCAGAGUUCCGUCGUUUCUCGCUGAAUCGUACCGAGAAACUGAAAUAUGACGAUUUCAAAGCGCUAAUCGAGAAACUGCAUCGGUUACACGACGUCGCCUUCCUGAUAUCAUACACCGAUCCUAGGGACGGCGAUUUACUACCCAUCAACAAUGAUGACAACUUUGCGAGAGCAUUGCUGACAGCCAGACCACUGCUCAGGGUCAUAAUACAAAGGAAAGGCGACAGCUUAGAAGAACUAAACGGUUAUGGGACAAUGCGACCGCGGAACAUAAUAUCGUCGAUCUUAAGCGGUACGCCGGCGAAGAACAAAGGACUCGCCAUAUCAAACCCACAUGAUUUUAGAAUGGUGUCGGCUAUAAUCGACGUGGACAUCGUCCCGGAGACCUGCAGGAGGGUGAAGCUGCUGAAACACGGCUCCGACAGACCAUUAGGCUUCUUCAUUAGGGACGGUACAUCAGUACGAGUCACACCGAACGGCGUGGAGCGUUCGCCCGGUAUAUUUAUAUCGCGGCUAGUGCCAGGAGGUCUGGCGGAGUCCACGGGCCUCCUGGGGGUCAACGAUGAAGUGUUGGAGGUCAACGGUAUUGAUGUCUCCAACAAAACACUUGAUCAGGUAACGGACAUGAUGGUAGCCAAUUCUUCGAACCUGAUUAUAACAGUACGUCCCGCCAAUCAACGCGCCGCGCCGCACGACGCUGCGGCACACGACGCCACGCCGCACGACGCCGCGGCACACGACGCGCACACGCCCCCCGCCGACCACGACGACGACAGGUUCGAUCAAGACGAGCAAGACGAGAUCGUCGAUCUGACCGCCGUGACGCUGGAGGAGUACCCGGAGGGCGGCGCGCGCGGCCCGGCCCGCGACGACGGACACGUGCUGCACCUCUAGCGCGUCGCGCGCCGCACUGGGAGACGACCGCGGGAUAGAGAACGCUCUGAUGACGUAAGACAUUAUUCAAGCCGUCAUGACCGAGUCACGGGAACCCUCAUACACAUAUAGAAGAACAUUAUCAGAAUUUUAGUGAGCCAGUCAAAUUUGUUUAGGUUUUUAGUUGAAACAUUUGUUGAGUCUCUAUAUCGGGCAAGGAUUAAUAAGACACGUGUUCAGUUAAGUGACUUAACGUAUUUGGGAUUACAACCUAACGUGCUAUCGACAGCCCGACAAUCCCGAGACUGACGUAGCAUCAUUGCAAUAUAAUUACCGCUAACACAUGCAUAUAAUUAUUAGUUGCUGUGAGGACAUUUGUGGUCCCUACACAUUUAAAAAAAAAUGUGAGGGAUACGUGAUGCUUCCGUAAAUAGAUAAACGGAACAUAUGGCUCUGAUAAAGUUUGAUUUUAACGUUAAAACUCUUAUCUCUGCACUAAAUCGAUAUUUGUAUAAUACCGGUAAGUUUGUAUUGUUUCUCUAUCCCCGAAACUAAACUCUGUUCCAUACGAAACAAGUGUCAAAUUCCUAAAAAACAUUCCAUUUAGGAUACGAGUGUGUUAAAUUUUAAUGGUGCGUAUAUUUUCCAUGUGAAAAUUGUAAAAGACAAUAAUUAUUAGGGGAGGUCUUAUAGCUUGUGUACUUAAUCAUUCCGUUGUAUGCCUUAUAUCGUAAGUGAUAAGUGUCAAAUUAGAUAAAACUUAGUUGUCACAAUUAUUUAGAAGCAAUAACACGUUAUUGUUUUAAGUUUUUUUUUUAAUUAUUAUGAUUAUUAAAAAACAUUUAUGAAAUAGAAAAUGUAUAUUAUUAUAAGUUGGAUAAUAUGUUAAUUGAGUGAACGAAUGGAUUUUUUGUCAUUCUGUAACAUUCGCCAUUCACUCCGAGCGAAUGUUUAUGUUUUUGAUUGACCAGUAGGAUUCAUAGAUUAUAGACCCGAGAGAUCACGGUUUAGAAACUAGGCAAGUUUCUAAUUAUUCUGAAAUCGAUUAAGUAAAGUAUACUCACGAACGCUCAAGGUGGCCUGGGCGAUGGCACGAGCAAUGAAAAGUACUCCAGGCCUAUUAUCGGCCUAGUAAGUUAAGAUUUUCACAUAUCAAAUGUUCAAUUGGCAUGGAAUAUAAUAAUGAAUUAAUAACAUUGUUAAAUGGUGCUUAAAAAACACUUCGAAAAUGUCCAAAUCGUAAAAUGUAAAGCUAACUUUAACUAUUGUGUCAUAAAAAAUAAAAAUAAAAAAGAUUAAAAAUUCUUGCUAUGCGCUUGAGUCUUAUAGAAUUAUUAUAAAUUGUCAAAUCAAAAAUAUCGAUAAUAAUGUUUAAAUAUAUUUAAAUAGUAUUAAACAUAAGUGCCUUUAUGACAAUAUGUUUUCCAUUAUUACAAAUAACAUUCCAUUGUAACUAAUUUAAAAAAAAAAAUUUGUGAAACACUAUUUGUUAAUUUUAUUACAACGUCAAUUAUGUUCCUGAUUAUUCAAAUUGAAAAUUUUCAAAGACGACGACCUAUUUAAUAAUAAAAUGAAAAGAAACUAAAAAUAUAUUCAACAAACAACAAGAAAUAAAUAAAAAAUGCAUUUCAAUAUCGCUAGUCUAUUGUUGUUCCUGACGUUUGGAGAAAUUGAUUUUGUCUAUGGUCUAUCGUUGAAAAUAUCGCACAUAUUAUGGUGCUUUAAUAUUAAAGUCACUUAUGCAAAAAAAAAUUUACAGUGAACUGAUUAUGAGAAAUAAUUUUUUUAGUUAUUAGUUAUACCUAGUGAGACGAAAGAGAUGUUUGCUUUUACUGAUGAAGUUUGUAGUUUAAAUAUUAUGAUUUUAUUUCUAUAGCCUAGAAGAACUAUAUACGAAUUACAUAUAUAUACAUAUAUAUAGUAAGAUGUUGAAUUUUCCAACGUUUCUCCUGAAAAAUUACAUAAUUUGCAUAAGUGACGUUAUCGCAUCGUAUGUGCGAUAUAUCAAUUAAUAUUAAUAUAACAAGGACAUAAUAUAACGAAGGGUGAAAAUGUAUUUGGCUUAAGCGACAUUUUUGCAACUUUACAAGAGAGCCAUUUAUAGGUUGAAAAAUAAAAAAAAAAAAUCUUGACAAAAAAACUUUUUUAGCUAUUUGAAUGGAGAACACUUUAUUGAAGUUCAAUUAAAAACAUCGAAUUGUUGAUGCGAAUGUCAAAUAAAACUUUUAAUUAUGUACAGAGAUUUAUUAUUAUUAUAUCGGGUAUUAACCGAGAUGUCGCUUAAACCAAAAAGCCUUUCACCCCUUCAAAGAUAUCUUGAUCAGCGUUGAACAACGGCGUAUUAGAAGUAUUGAAUUAUUUCAUACUUGAUUCACGAGGUAAUUGUCAGUGAUAAUCGAAUUGGCUAUGAGAUAUUUUCAUGGUGAUGGAAAACAGAAUUGAAAAUCAUUGAAAAUAUAUAAUUUUCUAUUAUAUAAGGAUAUCCUGUUUUUUUUUUUCGGUGUUUGGCAACGGAAUCUAACAUAUCGUCUAUCAUAUCCGAAUUAUUGGAACUGAAAUAUUUUUUAUUAGCAAUCUCCUAAAUACAAUGUAAUAUUAAACUUUUCCGUCUAUAUAUAAAUGAUUCCAUUAUUAUUAAAUUAAAUAAAUUAAAUUAAAUUAAGUAAAAAAAAAUAAGAGAAAAAAAACUUAUUUAUCCCGAAUCCAUCCAUUUUGUGUUUAAUGAAUUUUAGUACUUGAGUAUAUUGUAUGGGAAUCGAAAUUGAACCCCGUAUCUUGCAACUGACUGCUAAACUAACGUGGCAAUCAAUCACAAUUAUCUACUUAAAUUUGAUCUAAGAGUUUAAAAAAUUAAAAUUAAUUGAAUAUACUUACUAUAUUUUUAUUAAUGUUUUCCGAUUUGUAAUAAUUACUCACGCGAGAAUAAAUUAUUUUGAGCUUAACAUAGAUCACUUUAGAUAACGUUAUUUUAGUGUUUAGAUCUUUAUAUUGUAACAUAUAUACACCAGUAGUAUUAAAAGAAUUUUGGACCUAAUUAAUAUAGAUUGGUAUGUAUACAGUAUUAUAAACAUUUUUUCUAGAUUUUGUUACUUAAGGGUAAAAAGAAAUUUAUGAUGUUUGAUUUUUUACUGUAUUUUUUUAUAUAUAUAUCAAAAAUCAUGCUCAUUCAGUGUACACAGAAAGUAUUUCAGAACCUAAAGUAUUUCUAAUGUAUUCUUUUAUAAAACUAUUCAAAUUGAAAACAUUUUUUAUUUAUUAAACUGAGAUGUCGAUUCACGCAUCCCUGUGCCUCUCGUUAAAUUUAAAAUUCUCAUUUGUUGAGAAGUUCACUGAAGUGCCAACAGCUGCAUAGUAACUUGAUGUAAUAAAAUGUCAACGAAUGCAUACAAUACGAACGAAUACAAAAAUAAAUUUAAUUAAAUCAAAUUACAUAAAGAAUAAACGAAACAAGUUAUUGAAUAAAAAUGUAGACACGUUUUUAUCAUUUCAUGCUUCAUAAUUACGUGCUUCUUCCAGCCACGUGGCAUUCUGCCAGUGACCAAAUUUUAACAAGAAUUAUCGGAAUAAAUAAAUAAAAAUCCUCAAAAAAAAACGUUUCAGUGAAAUACGUAUAUCAGUAAUAUAGUUAGUUAGAAUCACGCGAUUACUUGAUUUACGAGUAAUUAACCGCUGACAUUGUUGAUUCAUAGAUAUAUCUGCAUUUCCUAACGCAUCCGCUUAAAAAAACAAGAGAGGUAUCGCAAUGUAUCUGUCAAAUUGACUUUGCCAAGGAACGCUCAUGUUUAAUUUGGAAACCACUCAUUUUGAUUGUUACGUUUGGAGCACAUUACGGAAUGUGGAGGCUUGAAAUAUGGACAACACUCUGUAAAAAAAAUUGAAUAUAGUAAAGCGGCAAAUUAGGAUGGCGCCACCGUCGCAAGUGGUGUAAUUUCAAAGACUAGAGGUCCCGCAAUAGUCGAAAUUCGACUAUAAUUAAUUGGAAUUGUAAGUUUGUAAACCAUUAUGAUUGUAUUUUAUACUUCUAUAAUUACAAAUUUUGCCACUAUAAAAAAUAUUAACAAAGACAAACAAUAUUUAAUCUAUUCUCAAUUUGACAACAGACGCCAAGAACAAAAGUUUGACAGUAAAUAGUGUGCAUGCAUGUGUGCGUCAAAUACAUAGUAUGUAGUGUGUGUAAUGUUUUCUUUAUUGAUUUAAUGUAUCUUUUAUGCAUUAUUUAAAAAAAAUAUUAGCAUUGUGCACUUCUUCUCUAUAUUCUCUAUAAGUGUGCAAAAUUUCAUACUCCUCCGUCCGCACAAUUUUCGUAAAAAGGGAUACAAAGUUUUUGCUUCACGUAUUAAUAUAUAGAUAACGCCGAAAGUUUCAAUAAUGCAUAUUUUAACCCUUAACUUCACUUCGACGGUUUCCAGUUGAAAUUUGCUGCAAAAAGCUUGCCAGUUUUUCAACUUCUUCCCCACAUAAGAGACCUUAUCUCUACCCACCAUAUUGACGAGCUUCAAGUCAUUUACAUUACCUACUCGAACUCGAGACGAAUGAUGGAUUAAAAUAGUUUAUGAGCCUUUAAACCGUAGUAUUUUUGUCUUUAGUACAUCAUUGCUUUUAAAACGUCUUUUCAACUUAUUUUUAACGACCCAUUUUUUUAUAUCAAGAGUAUACAUUGCAACUGUAAAUGGGCGUUUUAAAAUAUUGUCAUGUUUUGCAAUAUUAUCCUCCUCCUCGCGUCGUUUCCUCACUGCUGAGGGUCGUGACCAUUAUAAUUCGACAUGAUUUUACUCCUUGUGAUUUCCCGCCAGCGCCUCCGAUCCUUGACCGCAAUUUUGCGAUAUUAUAUUGAAUAUUAAAUCCUUUACUUUCAUCUGCUGGUUGGCUCAAAACACGACGACCCAAACAUUGAUUGUAUAGUCAAAAAUGUAUUUAAUUUCAUAUACAUAGGUAUAAGUUAGUCUAUGUUAACUUGUAACUAUGGAAUAUACAUAUUUAAAAGAAA